AUGGCUAUAUCGCUUGUGACAGUAUCCUUUCGAUGCUUCGUGCGAUGGCGGAUGCUCAAAGCAUUUGGAUGGGACGAUAUAUUGAUGGUUCUUGCAAUGCUUCUUGAUAUAGUGCUUACCGCGUGCGCAAUCGCUGGUGCGAAGGACGGCGUUGGCCGGCAUUUGAGUAAUUUCCACAGCUUCGAUGAAUUUCACCAUGCCAUGCUGUGGUGGUGGCUGGGCCAGUGCAUCUAUAUCUGGGCGUCCGGCAUCGCUAAAGUAUCCAUUGCGCUGGCGCUCCUCCGACUGUCGGUUCACACGUAUCAGCGCAUAACCCUGUGGAUAGUUAUGGGAGCAUCGAUUUGUGUCAGCUUGGUGUUCUGGUUCUUUAUGCUUUUUCAGUGCCAUCCUGUCUCAAAAUUUUGGGAGCGGACAGGACCGGGCAAUUGCAUGAGCACCGAUACGCUGAUUAGGGUGGCGUACGUAUACAGUGGAAUCUGCGCAGUCUGUGACUUUGCGCUGGGACUUCUGCCCAUUGAUCUCGUUCGCCAGCUGCAAACCACUCUCAAGACAAAGAUCGCGCUGGGCGCGACCCUGAGUCUAGGUUGUGUGGCGAGUACAGCUGUUAUUCUUCGGAUUCCUUGCCUGCAUUUCUACAAGGAUAUCGAUUUUUUGUAUUCGACCUUUUCCAUCGACAUCUGGUCCUUUAUCGAGGUUGGCUUGGGAAUCACAGCGGGUAGUCUGGUCACUCUCCGUCCUCUCUUUCGUGCAGUCCUCGGUGACCCACCUGACCGCAAGGGCAAGAAAAGCCGCGGAAGCAUGCCAUUGACCAGCUUCACGGAGUAUACGCGGACCCGGCCUGACCCUGAAGAUGCCGCCGUGUGGCAAUCGCCCCAGCCUGAUGCGACGCGGAACAUAACCACCACGGUGGUUUCAGCUUUCCGGGCAAGUUUAAAUAGUCCCCUCACGCCAACCUUGGCGGCCGAGUUGAAAAAGGGUCGGUCCGUUCGGAUUAAGAGGUCAUUCCAUGUCACAGAAGAACAUGUGGGUUAG